AUGGCAACAAGCGGCGUCAGACAACCUGUGAUCCGCAUCUUCAACCCCGAAGACGACCCGUCUACAGCAGGAAUCGAGCAUUCUGACCUCAUUGCAUACGACUUGGCACAUGAGAUUCACCACCUGCGGAGCCGCCUGCGGCCUAUCUGGGACCAUGACACCGUGGUAGUCAGCAUCAAGGGCAUACGCCAUUCAACAAUAAGCCAAAGACCCGGAGGCGCAUAUGGCAUCUACGUCGGACCCAAGUCUUGUUACAACGCAAAUGGAGGACUCCCCCAUAUGACUCCGCACAUCGAGCGUCGAUAUGAGAUGGAAGCUCUUUCCAGGGCCUUGGAAGUCCUCAGAAACAUCGUCAUCAACAACCCCGACAUCUUACGCAUCUUCGUCAUUACCGACUCUGACUUCCUUUCCUCCGCUUUGUCCGAGAUUCACGAGGUACUCAUGAACGCCGGCUUUCCCCAAUCCGGAAAUCGAAUCCCCGACUUUGAGAGGGUUAAGCAGCUACAUGAGCAUCUUUGUGAGUUCGAAGCUACCGGUCGUACGAUACAGUUCUGGAACGCUCCCUCUCUGACUCGCAAGGCGUACGAGUUGGCCAUGGUUACUUAA